AUGACUAAUUCUCUUGAUGUUGGUGUUCCAUGGAUCAUGUGUCAACAAGAUGAUGCUCCUCAACCAAUGUAUCAUGGACAUACCAACUUUGAUAGAACCGCGGGUGGUCCGUUCAUCACAACAACAUAUGAUUACGAUGCUCCUCUUGACGAAUUUGGUAAUUUGAACCAACCAAAAUACGGACACCUGAAACAGCUUCAUGAUGUUUUUCAUGCUAUGGAGAAAACUCUCACUUAUGGAAAUAUUUCCACCGCUGAUUUUGGAAAUUUAGUCAUGACAACGGUUUAUCAAACAGAAGAAGGAUCAAGUUGUUUCAUUGGAAACGUGAAUGCAAAAAUCAAUUUCCAAGGAACAUCUUAUGAUGUCCCGGCUUGGUAUGUGAGCAUUUUACCGGAUUGCAAAACUGAGUCUUAUAAUACCGCCAAGCGAAUGAAGCUGAGAACGAGCCUUCGAUUUAAAAAUGUAAGCAAUGACGAAAGUGAUUUUCUUUGGUACAUGACUACGGUUAAUCUCAAAGAACAAGAUCCGGCUUGGGGAAAAAAUAUGUCUCUUCGUAUCAACAGUACUGCUCAUGUUCUUCACGGUUUUGUCAAUGGACAACAUACUGGUAAUUAUCGCGUUGAAAAUGGAAAGUUUCACUAUGUUUUUGAGCAAGACGCGAAGUUCAACCCUGGUGUUAAUGUCAUUACCCUCCUUAGCGUAACCGUAGACCUUCCGAACUAUGGUGCUUUCUUCGAAAACGUCCCGGCUGGAAUCACUGGACCCGUUUUUAUCAUUGGAAGAAAUGGUGAUGAAACUGUUGUAAAAUAUUUGUCUACUCAUAAUGGAGCUACAAAACUGACUAUUUUCAAAGCUCCUUUGGGAAGUGAACCAGUUGUGGUCGAUCUUUUGGGAUUUGGAAAAGGAAAGGCUUCGAUCAAUGAAAAUUACACUGGCCGUUACUGGCCAGAUCCACCUGUUCUGUUACGGUUUUCCACCCAUCUCUUGCAUAACUGGGUUCUAGCUUCCUCUCCAUAUCGCUACGUAAUGUCUGAGCUCAUCUCUCAAUAUGCGAAAAACCUAGCAAUCAUCCUCAAGCAUCUAAGCAAUAUUACCCUUGCUCGAACCCGUGUCCAAGCACUUUCUCGUGUAGUUCUCUUCGGGCCAGUGAGAUUCACGACUUUGACCACUUUUACAACGCCACUUGGUCUCUUGACAAUGGCUAUAUGUUCAUCCAUUGACUCGUCUUUGGAAGAAUUGUCGAUAAUCUUUGAUCUCACAUGUACCAAAAUGCUUUAUAGCUUUUGGCUCAAAGCUCUCAAAGAACUCUUGUCGAUUAAACCUAUCGAUCCUUUUAUCUAUCUUUUUAUCUACCUUAUGUUGGCUUUGUGGAAUGCUCCUUAUGGUUGUAUUGUUAACUUCUGGAUCUGA